CUCCUCACUCAAAAAAUGAGCUUCUUCUCCUCCUCCUCCUCCUCCUCCGUAACCCUAAACCCUAACCCUAACCCUCCUCCCCUUCUCCUCUCCCCCUCCUCUCCCCCUCGUAGGAUUCUUCGUCGCCAUAGUAGUAGUAGUAGUAGUAGUAGUUGUAGGGUUUACUCUCUCCCCUUUCGAUCCCGAUCCCGAUCCCCCAUUUCGGCCUCCGCCGCCUCGGCGGCGGAGGCGGCGGUGGCGGAGGCGGAGGCCGUGGUGGAGCUCCCGCGCCGCCGCCUCAUCCUCCUCCGCCACGCUGAGAGCGCCCUCGGGGAUCGCCUCACCAGGGACCAUGAUCGACCGUUGAGCAAACUCGGGCGGAUAGAUGCAGUUUCCGUUUCUCGCAAGCUUCAGCAGCUGGGGUGGAUACCGGAGCUAAUCCUAUCGAGUGAUGCCGCUCGAACAAAGGAGACCCUUCAGAUCCUACAAGAGCAUGCGCAGGGGUUUUCUGAAGCAGAGGUGCGGUUCGUGCCGAGCUUCUACUCGAUUGCAGCGAUGGAUGGUCAAACGGCAGAGCAUCUGCAGAAGGCGAUUUGCGAGUAUUCGAGGGACGAGAUCCUCACCGUGAUGUGCAUGGGACAUAACAGAGGCUGGGAGGAAGCAGCCUCUAUGUUUUCUGGUGGUACAGUCGAAUUAAAGACAUGCAACGCCGCAUUGCUCGAAGCUGCGGGGAAAUCGUGGGACGAGGCUUUCUCCUCGGCCGGCCUUGGAGGGUGGAAACUCUGCGGGAUCGUGAGGCCGUGAAUCUAACACAACCCGAGCGCCCCCGAUCUCGACCCGGUAAAACCGACUCGUUUUCCGCGUCUUUGGUGUCUCUACUGCAACUCUCGCAUCGGGCAAACUAUUCACACGGUAGGGGGCGGCCGGCUCUUUUUGUCGCGCAUCAUUCUUCGUAUUCUGAAACCAGAAAAUCUGAUCGAUUUUCGGGCAGUAUGGAACAUGUGUUUUGAGCAAACUGAGGAAGCAUAUUGCAGUUAAAUGUAGAGUAACUCAGCUUGUGUUGAGAUUAAGCAAAUUAGUUAGUUUUUCGGCUGCUCUUAUCAAAGUAGGAUGAUGCUGAAACUCUACUUGUUUGUAGAUUUGUUGUAUUAAACUCCUGAAUAAGAUAAAUGGGGGGGAAUGUACUUAUUAGUAACAUCAUUUUGUAGUAUGUGAUGUAUAAGCUUAUUUAUUAGUUAAAUCAUUUUGUAGCAUAUGCUACUACUACCUGUAA